AUGCUAGCUGUGCAAGAUGGAACAUUUCCCAUGGACGAGGCUGUGAUCGAAGCUUUGCCCUGUGUCUUCACUUCCGUGUCGAUCGAUCCUUUCGGAAUAAGCGCCUGGACAAAUACUGGCCGGCUUGUAGCAGAACAAGACGAUGGUUGCAAAAGACAUUUCUUUUUGAAGGUUGCUUACGGGGAGCAUGGUGGAGUCAUGCUCCGGGGCGAGUUCGAAUCAGCCAAGGAGAUCUAUAAGGUUGCGCCCGGCUUCAUUCCCAAGCCGUAUAGCUACGGGCGUUACAAGUCAGCGCAUCCCAUCACCUAUUUCUACAUGUCUGAGUUUAUCGACAUGGAUAUUACCACGGCGACAGAUCCGGUAGAGCUUGGCUCUAGGCUUUCUGAGAUACACAAGAGGAGUGCGUCACCUACUGGUAAGUUUGGCUUUCACGUUGUCACAUGUGACGGCAAGAUGCCACAGACUGUGGGCUGGCAGAGUAGCUGGGCCGACUUCUUCGGAAGGCUACUCCAGGGAAUCUGCAAGCUCGAACUCGAAACCAAUGGGCCGUGGCCGGAGAUGGAGCGAGCGACACAACAGCUUGUUGACAACGUCAUACCUCGCUUACUCGGUGACCUCCGACACAACGGCGAGCCGAUCAAGCCCUGCAUCAUCCACGGGGAUCUUUGGGAGCAGAACUUGGGCGUCAAUAUGAAUACUGGAGAUCUCGUUAUGUAUGACGUAGGUUCAUACUAUGCUCAUAAUGAUAUGGAUCUUGGGCUAUGGGGAGCCGACUUCUGUUCCCACUUCCGCUCGAAGGUUUAUACCACUCAUUAUCUUCGGUUCUACCCUGCAGCCGAACCAUUGGAGGAAUUUGACGAUCGAAACCGCCUGUACAGCUUGAAAGGUACCAUCAACUACUCGGCGGGACAUUCUGGAUCCGUUGUACGGCAAUCAUAUGUAUUGAUGCUCGUUAGCUAG